AUAGUGUAGAAAUAAAAAUGAAAGCAUCCUCGAACGUGAAGACCAACAAAAAUAUUCCAAGAGUAGAGCCAGCUUUUCUUUCGCCUACCUUCUCUCUUAACCACAAAAUUUUCUCACCCUCCCUGUGAUUUCUUUCAUUACACCUAAUAUCUUCCCUUUCUUUAUUCUGCCUCUCUUGCAUUUCUUUCUUUCUCUUUUGUCAAGGCAAACCGGAGGACAAGGGACUGCCGUGCCGCAUCAUAACAAUAUGGCACCACGUCUCUUAUCCUGCUUCGGCAAAAGAAAUAGCGAUUCCUCUUCAAAAAACCAAAACCAUGCAAAUGUAACAGUUGAUGUAUCAGCGGAGGAGCAGCGCCGUGGAGGGGCUGUGUUGGUGGAGCUGUUCUCUUCACAGGGAUGUGCAACAUCCCCGGCAGCUGAAUUGUUGGUGUCAAGGCUAGGGAGAGGGGACUUUCAACUUGAAAUGCCUGUUAUUGUUUUGGCUUUUCAUGUCGAUUACUGGGAUUAUAUGGGGUGGAAAGACCCUUAUGGGGGUAGUCAGUGGACGGUUAGACAGAAGGCUUACGUUGAGUCUUUGAAGCUUGAUACAAUGUUUACGCCACAAAUUGUUGUUCAAGGGAGAACUCAGUGUGUGGGAAAUGAUGAGGAGGCUUUGCUGUCUUCCAUUGUCAAUGCACCAAGGUUUCCUUCUCCCACAUUUCAGGCAACAUUUCUAAGGCCUACAACAGAUUCCUUGCAAGUCUCUAUGUCAGGAGCUUUAAGGGCUAAAGUUGACCACAAUGGUGUCAAUGUCAUGGUGGCUCUGUAUGAGAGUGGAUUGGUGACAGACUGUCCUAGGGGAGAGAACAAAGGGCGUGUCCUGUCAAAUGACUAUGUUGUUAGAAAGCUUGAAAAGCUCUGCACUGUCAAAGACAUCUCUGCCAAGAAGACAGUUUCAGGAACUGUUAAUUUUGCUUUAUGGGAAGGCUUCAAUAGCAGCAAAUGUGGUAUUGCUGUCUUUGUUGAAGACAGCUCCCAUCAAAUUUUUGGGUCACAGAGCAUUCAGUUCCCGGAUACAAUAUGAGACAUUCAGACUGAAUCAACGACGAUAUGCUGGCUAUGAUCAACCUCGGACUUUUGUGUACAGUAUGUGUUAGAUAAUAAUUUCUUUUUUCCUUUCUUUUUUUGAUCUUUCUAAAUUUUUUUUUUUACCCGCUUUACAUGUGGUAGGAGAUGGAUAGAGACAUUUUCGCGGUUUGCUGGUAUAAAUUGCUUCAUUGAUAUCUUUGUUUCUGUGGGAAAACGGAAUUGAAAAAUUGGAACAAGUUGAUUGCAUUGUA